AUGAAGGUUUCCAGUGCGUUCUCAGCCCUGCUUGUCGCAGGACCUGCCACGGCCCAGACACCAGCUGGCUUUACACCCAGUGUCUCGACACGUCUGGAUCUCACUUUUGGGUCGAAAAAUGUCGCUACCCCUGGAACUGCGUUGACUAAGUCCGACACGGCGCAGCCGCCAACACUCGGUUUGGCCACACAGCCUAACGGAACUUACCUCUGGCUCAUGAUAUUGAUGCGUACGUUUUCUGCCCCCUAUGCCAUGGAAUCGCCUCCUCCUAUGUCCGACCAGCAUCCUAACCAAGCCCCCCUCAGCUCCACCAAUUUCGCCAACCCCCAAGCCGGCCAGCCUAGCACCUACUUGCACACCGUCAUCCGAGACUUCAAAGCCACCGGCCAGACCACCAGCAGCGGCAUCUACACCCUGAGCUCGACGGCCACGGGACCCGUCUCUUGGUUUGGUCCUGCCCCCGGGGCUGAGAACCCUCCGCACCCCCAUCGCUACACCAACCUUCUGUGGGAGCAACCGGCGAACUGGGUCAUCCCCCAGGCCGCCAACACGCAGCUUCAGAAUCAGAAGCUCGGCUUUAACGUCGAGGACUUCAUCCAGGCCGCUGGUUUGAGCGUACCCAUUGCGGCUAACUACUUCAAUGUUACGGGCUAGAAGAAUGGCCCGGACUCGACGGCCAGGUUGGAAGGCGUCUUGCGAGGAGAAGCCAGUGACGGGUCUUGGCGUAGUAGUAUCUGUAUAUAUCCAAGGAAUGGCUUUGCCUAGAUGGACUAGGUCACGCUGUGUAAAAUGCACACAUCCUAUUCUGUACUUAAAGCAGGUCGGGACACAUGAACGUCUUCCGAAUGUGGCAUACGCAUAGAAACAUUGGUGCGACCAAGUAUACCGUUCAAGCAAUCCGCCGGUAGUCGGUGAUCAGGAUAGUCUCAUCGCGAAUCAUGGUAACUAUGGGUAUCUAAGUAAUCACCGAAUCGCUCGCCUAUGUUUUGAUACGCCUUCGACGUUUUAGUCAAGGUGGGUGCUGUGAUAAGUUCUCCGUCUCCGUGCCAUCACCCGGUACACUCACUUCCAGCACGCCACCCUCUGGAAUUGUCCCCUUGAUGAGUCAUGGCUUGUCGUCUGCCUGGGCAAUGCGAGCCUUUUU